AUGUCUGCACUUCCAGCUCUGCAGUCCCUUGCUUCCGAGGAGGAUGCGCCCCUGCGCUCCGGACUGCUUGGGAGGAUGCAGGGCACGCCGACGCGAGCAGACUCCAAGAAGAGCACCAAGCGUGCAAUUGGCGGCAGCUACUCCAAUAUUUGGUCUGCCGGCAUCCCGGGCUCUGUGGACACAGAGGACGUAAGCAGUUAUUCCUCCGUCAGCGAAGUCUAUGACAUGAACUAUCAGAGGCAGUCAUUGCUCAGCCGGACGUCGAACACAGAAAUCCUCCAGCAGUUGCAGCAGCUGCACAGCUUGCAGAUGACACGGGAGGCAUCUUCCAACACGCUCGACCGGCCAGACGUUCAGGUAUUACCGGAGCCGCGGCCACUUCGAAGAAUGUCAAGGAGGGCGCACGGCGGCAGCUUGAAGCUAUCGCCUCGCACCGUCAUGGGACAUCAGGGCGAACAAGGCUCUGGAAUCCUGGGCGACCUAGGGAUCAUUCCCAGGUCCCGCCGGAAGUCGGACUUCGCUGUGCCUCAUAGCGCGACAGUGAGCGGCGAGACGUCGGGACGAGCUCCGGACGUGAGUGUGCCAGUCGUGCAGGGCUGGCUGCCACUUCCCUCCAAGACUGACACCUUCAAGGACCACCACCUCGACCGCGUGUCCGAAAAUUCUGUCUCUCGGAUGUCCUCCGCCGUCAGUUCGCCGCGCAGAUCUUCGAAGAUCUUGCGAGCGGAAGUGGUGGGGCAUGAGGACAAAGAUGCUACAAAAUCGGACGAAGACCAGGAGGCUCCUCCGGAAGGGGGACGCGCCGGCACGAAGGAGGCUCCUCCUCCGGACCCUGAGGAGGCGCCGAGCCUCCCACAGCACGUGAGAUUCCCCAUCGGUCUCCGCGGACGCCGCAACUCAGAUGCUGCCGGAUCUGUGGCGUCCUUCUUCUCCACGCCUUUCUUCCGAGGGGACUCGCGGCAAAGCCUUGGCCUGGAGGGGCCGGGCUGCGAGCCCCUGACGGAUGACUUUGACUACGAGUUCGAGCUUCUUUCAUGCUGGAAUCGAACUGCGAAGCACUCCGCCAAGGUGACGAAGUUCCACCGCCUGGUGACCAGAUCUUCUUUGAGCAAGCAUUUCAGUGACUUCCCCGAGGAGCUUCAAGAUGGCCAGGCAAUCUUUGUCAUCAAGCCGUUCUCCGCCAAGAAGAUCACCUGGGACUUGCUGAUUUGUUGUAUCGUGCUGCAUGACGGCAUCGUCCUGCCGCUGCAGCUGUUGGGCAUCGAGGUUUCCACGUCCGAUAUGCUGGCAUGGCCACUCACACUGGCCUGGACUGUUGACCUGGUCGUGUCUAGCAUCAUCACCUUCGAGCGUAAUGAUGGCACUUGGGAGACACGAGUGCGGUAUACCUUCCGGCGAUACUUUGCAGGCUCCUUCUUACCUGACUUUGUGCUUGCAGCCUUGGCAUGGGUGGAGCGCUUCACAUUCUCGCAGAGCUUCAAGUUCCUGCGGAUCUGCCGGCUCUUCCGGCUCUACCGCAUCGAGGCGAUAAUACAGCUGGUCUCUAAUAACAUCCGUUCCGAACGAGCCGUGCUGUGCAUUGGCAUUUCAGGGAAGAUCAUGUGGCUGGCCGUCUUCCUCCAUUUCAUUGCCUGCCUUUGGCUCAGCCUUGGGCGACAGGAGGGCGGCUGGGUCUCCUACCACAAGCCGGGCAUCGCAGACAUCCAGCAGUACAGCAUUGCCUUCCACUGGACCCUGGCGCAGUUCCAUGGAUCCAUGGAGCUUUAUCCUGUCACGGUGGAGGAGCGCAUCUUUGCGUUCUGCUACCUGUUAAUGGCCUACAUUCUGGCCGUGGUGUUCAUAUCGAGCAUGACAUCAGCCAUGACCAGGUUGUAUCUCAUCACCGGGAUACAGGCAGGACACCAGCGCGUGCUGAGGUGGUUUCUCAUUGACAACGGAAUCUCAAGGCAGCUGACGGCACGGAUCCAUUCGAACCUGAAAGCCUCCCUUACGGCACAGUCCCACGCCGUCCCCGAGACGGAGGUGGAGUUCCUGCAGCUGGUGUCUGAGAACCUUCGGAUGGAGCUCCACUGCGAGAUGUAUGGGCCGGCGCUGCGACACCAUCCGUUGCUGGCGCCCAUGACAGCGCAGAUGGUGAAGCAGCUUUGCCACACAGCGAUUUCUCUGGCUCUCGUCUCGCAUGGCGACUUAGUUUUCAUCCAAGGCGAAGUGCCGGUGGAACCACGGAUGGUUUUCAUCACAGAUGGAGACCUCGUUUAUUUCCGCAGCGGCAAGUUCGAGUCGAUGUCUGUCCAUCCUGGCGACCACGCCGCAGAACCGGUCCUGUGGACAGAUUGGCUCCAUCACGGCACUCUACGGGUUGCAUCUAUGCGUGUGAGGCUCCUCCUCCUGAGUGCGAAGACCUUCCAAGAGCUGGCCCAGAAGAACGCCUGCCCGGAGAUUGAAGCUUGUACGCAAGGUUCCAUCAUGCGGCUGGGCCCAGUGCCAGUGGCCUACCAUCUGGUGCCGGCACAAGCUUUGGAGGUGGCGGGGUGGCAGUCCUUGGCCACACAUCCCGGAGCAGAGGCGGCGCUGUGCUGCCGCUUCAUCGCCUCCUUCUGCGUGGCUGCCAUCGCUUCUCAUAGGGAUGCGGCGAAAGCUUCUGACGCGGAGCUAACUGUGCUGGAUCCCAUUGGUGACACGCGAGCAUUCCUGGAGAACCACAUCAACGCCUUUCUUCAGCAAAGCGACUCCAUGGCUUUGCCGAAAAAGCUAGACCAGGACGGCUCCUGCGCCCGGCGGCUGCAGCAGCUGCUCAUGAGCGAGGCGCCUUCCAGGAAAGAGGCACACUGGAAUUGGAAAGUGGCCAAGCUGCCGAUAGCUGAUUCGAUCGCUGCCAGACAAGGCAUUGCCGGAGUGGAUCUGUACAAUGGACAUCCGACCAUAGCUACGUAUUUCGGUGCGUAUUGCAUGGAUGGGCUGGCGAUGGCUCUGUGGGCACUGUGGAGCUCCAACAGCUACUCCAGCGCAGUGCGGGCUGGUGUGAACUUGCUCGGCGACGCCGACACCGUCGGUGCCAUCGUCGGGCAGAUGGCUGGGUCCCUUUAUGGCUGGAAGCAGAUCAAGUCAGAGGCCUUCUCCGAGCGCUGUGUCAGAAAUUUGAAGUACUGGGACAAGUGCGCCGAGAUUGGACUGCGAGCAGCUUUGCUCUAUCAUCUUGGUCCUCGCCCUCGCGGCUCAUUGAAGCCCGCGGAGGGCGAGUCGAAGGCGAAACUCUACCAGCGACCUAGCGGAGACGUACCGCUUGCCGGCGAACUUCCGGCUGGUGAGUGGGUGACCUGCGUGGACGCGGCCAAAGACUUCUUCUGCGUCUCGCACGAGGGCAGCGGCCUACAGGGCUGGGUGCCGAAGAAGAGCAUUGCUGACUGGGCUCCAGCUGCGGGCACAGAGGAGCUGUCCUUGUUCGUCGUCAGCGGCACAGAGGCCCCGAAGUCGCCUGCGCUUCCCCGUCGUGACGCAUCACCGACGCCCCUCAUUCCAAAGGAGCCAACCCCGAGGCCUACUUUGCGCGAUAUCAAGCUGCCCUUCUUGGUAUCCUCCCGUCGGCCGUGA